ACGACGCUCCCUCACGGCUCCGUGCGUCAUCCCAAACUUCCUUCUUCUUCUCAAGCGCACACCACACUGCCCGAAUCCACCAUGAACCCAGCCGCCGCUCCGGCUCGCCCUCUCCCUCGCCUUCCUCCGCUCAGCCUCAUCCAUGGCCACCGCGCUCGCACCCACCCUCUCCUCCGCUUCUAGCUGGGCGCGUCUCUCCAGAGCCGCCUCCGCCGCCUCGCCACCCAGGACCGCCGCCGCCAUGUCGUCCGCCGCCGCCGCCGCCGCGGCGACGAGGGUGCUCCCCGCCGUGAUCGUCGGCGGGGGCCGCGUGGGGAGGGCGCUGCAGGAGAUGGGGAGCGGGAGCGACGUGCUGGUGAGGCGAGGGGAGCCCGUGCCCUCCGAUUUCGAGGGCCCGAUUCUGGUGUGCACCAGGAACGACGAUCUCGAGGCCGUCCUCGACGCCACCCCGUCGUCUCGCUGGAGUGAUUUGGUAUUUUUCCAGAAUGGGAUGCUGGAGCCGUGGCUUGAAAGCAAAGGUUUAAGUGAUGCAGACCAAGUAUUGGCGUACUUUGCGGUGUCAAAGUUAGGAGAACCGCCUAUUGAUGGAAAGACAGAUACUAAUCCUGAAGGACUGACCGCUGCAUACGGGAAAUGGGCUUCGGCAGUAGCUGGAAGAUUACAAGCUGGAGGUUUGUCUUGCAAGGUCCUGGACAAAGAAACAUUUCAAAAGCAGAUGUUAGAGAAGCUUAUCUGGAUUUCAGCAUUCAUGCUUGUUGGAGCUCGCCAUCCUGGUGCAACCGUAGGUGUUGUGGAGAAGGAAUUUCGCUCUGAAGUAGAUAGCCUUAUCAAAGAACUUGCAUUGGCUGCUGCAGCUGAAAAGGGCUUUUUGUUUGAUGAAGGCAUGGAGGACAGAUUAUGUGCUUACUCACGAGCCGUGGCGCACUUCCCAACAGCAGUGAAAGAGUUCAAAUGGCGUAAUGGUUGGUUCUACUCUCUGUCUGAGAAGGCAAUUGCAGAAGGGAAGCCUGAUCCCUGCCCCCUACAUACUGCUUGGCUCAGAGAAAUAAAAGUAAUCUAGACAUCAAUGAACUCAUUGUCAGAUUUCAUGGAAAUGGCUAUCAAUAAGCAUGGCUAGGAGAGAGCGUUGGAGUAAUGAAUAUCCGGUUUUUGUACCUCAUCUUCGACUAGAGAAUAACAACACAUGCUUUACCAGUUGAAUCUUAUUUUCCCGUGUACACGGUGGUGAAGCUCCUUGGUAUCUCGACAGGUUCUUGUUUUGAGCUAGAACUACACGAAAAGGUAGUCGAAGUAUGAUAUGUCAGGGUUUAAUUAUUUC